AUGCCGGUUACGAGAAGGAGUAAAAAUACAAGUAAGCAAAUAGAUGUGGCUGCCGGAGAAGGGAGUAGCCAAUCAUUACCUAGACAAGCUAAUCAAAUUGUUGGCCAAGGGCAAAGGCAAGAAGGUCCAAUUGCAGGUACGAGUGGUGCAGAUAGGGCUGCUAGUACGUGGAUAUGUGAUUUUCUUAAUUUGGACCCUCCAUCAUUCACCGGGUCAGAUCCUAAAGAAGAUCCGCAAGACUUUAUUGAUCAGAUUCAACGAACUUUGGAUGUUAUGCAUGUAAGUGGUAAAGAAGCAGUUGAGCUAGCAACAUAUAGACUCAGGGGUAUGCCUAUAUUGUGGUAUGAAGCUUGGAAGCAAUCAAGGGUUACAGAUGCACCUUUAGCUAGUUGGAAAGAGUUCAAAAAGGUAUUUCUUGACCAUUAUCUGCCAUUGGAGAUCCGAGAGGCCCGUGCUGAUCAGUUUUUAAAUCUCCACCAAGGGAAUAUAAGCGUGAGGGAGUACAGUCUCAAGUUUAAUUCUUUAUCCAGACAUGGAUAUAGCGAGGAUGCAAGCUUUUGCACAAAACUUGGAGGAUCAAAGGCAAAGAAGAAGGGCAUAAGAGUUGGAAAGAGGGCAGUACAAGAGGGCCAAAUCUACGGGGCAGUUUACCCAAUCUCAAGGGGUGCACAAAUGUCUGCACUUCGUGGUAGAGGUGUUAGAGGGGCAGCUAGUUCUUGUGGAGUUCAGAAUCGCACGUAUGCCCUAGGAAAUCGACAAAAUUUGGAGGCUUCACCGGAUGUGGUUACAGGUACAUUAUCCAUCUUUUCACAUAUUGUAUAUGCAUUAAUUGAUCCAAGGUCUACACUAUCAUAUGUCACUCCAUUGAUUGCUGCAAAGUUCAAAAGAACACUGAUAGCAUCCAAGGAAGCUCUACUCCAUUGA